CCCCCUGUUGUACCACUCCUUCCUCUUCUUCCCCACUAUCAUCUUCGCAGACCACAAUCACGACCUCACAGACAAAUUUGCUGUGAUCUGUACAUCCUACACUGUCUUCUUCAUUCAAUCAACACCGCAAACAUGAGAGAAGUCAUUAGCAUCAACGUCGGUCAAGCUGGUUGCCAGAUUGCCAACUCUUGCUGGGAGCUUUACUGCCUUGAGCACGGCAUUCAGCCUGAUGGAUACUUGACUGAGGAGCGCAAAGCUGCCGACCCUGAUCAAGGUUUCAGCACUUUCUUCUCCGAGACCGGCCAAGGCAAAUAUGUUCCCCGAACCAUCUACUGCGAUCUCGAGCCCAAUGUCGUCGAUGAAGUCCGCACCGGUACCUACCGCAGCCUCUUCCACCCCGAGUUGAUGAUCACUGGCAAGGAGGAUGCCUCAAACAACUACGCUCGUGGUCACUACACUGUUGGCAAGGAAUUGAUCGACCAAGUCUUGGACAAGGUCCGCCGUGUCGCCGAUAACUGCUCUGGUCUUCAGGGUUUCCUUGUUUUCCACUCCUUCGGUGGUGGAACUGGAUCUGGUUUCGGUGCUCUCCUUAUGGAGCGUCUAUCAGUCGACUUCGGCAAAAAGGUGAAGUUGGAGUUCUGUGUUUACCCAGCUCCCCAGACUGCCACCUCUGUUGUCGAGCCAUACAACUCUAUCCUUACCACCCACACCACCCUCGAGCACUCCGAUUGUUCCUUCAUGGUUGAUAACGAGGCUAUCUACGACAUCUGCCGAAGAAACCUUGGCCUUGAGCGUCCUAACUAUGAGAACUUGAACCGCCUGAUCGCACAGGUUGUUUCUUCUAUCACCGCCUCCCUCCGUUUUGAUGGUUCCCUCAACGUCGAUCUCAACGAGUUCCAGACCAACUUGGUCCCAUACCCACGUAUCCACUUCCCUCUCGUUGCCUACGCACCUGUUGUCUCUGCGGCCAAGGCUUCCCACGAGGCCAACUCCGUCCAAGAGAUCUCCAUGUCUUGCUUCGAGCCUAACAGCCAGAUGGUGAAGUGUGACCCACGUAACGGAAAGUACAUGGCUACUUGCUUGCUUUACCGUGGUGAUGUUGUCCCCAAGGACGUUCACGCUGCUGUUGCCACCCUUAAGACCAAGCGCACUAUCCAAUUCGUUGACUGGUGCCCAACUGGUUUCAAGAUUGGUAUCUGCUUCGAGCCUCCUCAAAUGGUCCCCAAUGGUGAUCUUGCCAAGGUUAACCGUGCUGUCUGCAUGCUUUCUAACACCACCGCUAUCGCCGAGGCCUGGUCUGCACUCUCCCACAAGUUCGACCUCAUGUAUUCCAAGCGUGCCUUCGUACAUUGGUAUGUUGGUGAGGGUAUGGAGGAAGGAGAAUUCUCUGAGGCACGUGAGGAUCUUGCUGCUUUGGAGCGCGAUUAUGAGGAAGUUGCUACUGAUUCUCUCGAUGAUGCCGAGGGUGCUGAGGCCGAGUACUAGACAAUUGCUCCGCUGAGUGAUAUGUUUAUCUCCUGUGGGGUCACAUACUUGGAGGGCUAGAUUUGGCACUUGAUUCGAAACUUAGUACUUCGUAGGGAGUAUUGGAGCCUCGUCAUCAUGUUCAGCGCGGGGUUAAUACAACCCUUUUUUUCUUUUU